AUGGCGCUUUUCCAAGACCCUAGCGACCACGUCUUCGACCCGGCCGUCCCUCAAAUCCUGCCCUACGAGAAGAUGUACCUCGUGCAAAUCGGGAACAAGCCGUUCCGCCUCAGCGGGGCGUCGCUGAGCUCCGACGCCCCCAGCUACUUCACCGAGUACUUCAGCAAACGCCAGAACUCGGUGUCGGCCACGCACGUCAACGCGGACGACGACGACGCGCUGGUCAUCGACCGCUCGCCGCAGAUCUUCGAGCUCAUCUACCACCACCUGCAAGGCUACUUCGUCCACAUCCGCGACGAGGUCGAGUUCACCAUGCUGUACGCGGACGCCAUGUACUACAACUUGCCGCGGCUGCGCGCGCAACUCCAACACUCGGACUUUUACUACGCCUGCAUCGGCGGGGAGUCCUUCCGCGUGCCCCGCGGCCUGUUCUGGCAAGACGGAAACUCGCCCAACUACUUCGAGCUCACCUACAGCGCCACGUACGCCGACAUCGAGCAUAUCUUCCUGUCCAAGAAACUGAUCCGGCCGCCGCCGCAAUCCCCGCCCUUCGUCAACCGCUCUCCCGCGCUGUUCAAGGACAUUCUCGCGCUGCUGUCGGGGGCCACUUUGAAACUGGACGACGAAAAACGGCAGUCGCUGAUCCUCGAGUGCCGCUACUACCGCCUUCAAAACCUCGAACAACGGCUCCUCAAGUGUAGCGUCGGCUGGAACCCGCUUCUGCAACGCAGCGAGAUCAUUCUCAACCUGUGCGACAUCAAGAAAGCCGGGCUGUCUUUGCCGCCGCCGUCCAACGUCAAGGGCUGUAUCAGCACCCCCAGCACGCGCACGCCGUCGCCUAAAUCCCCGUUGGACGACGAACCCGUCAGUCCUCCGCCGAAAAAACCAAAGGUGUGUACAGAGAAAAACUGGGCCAUGACCGCCUACAAGAGACCCUUCGUCGACCGCGAAUUUCACGAGCUUCUUUUCCAAAUUGACAUCCCCGACGUGACCAUCCAGUUCAACAAAAGAUCCAAGACCAUUCAUGUGUGUUUGAGCGGCGAGGCGGCUCACAGGUUCGAAAAAGUGUUUGGCGGUUUGCUUCUCGACAACGUCGUCGACGUUGCAACCUAUUGGCGGGAACCCUCGCUUAAUAGCAAACCCUCUCGCGUGCUCGCUUUGCCAGCCUGCAUGUCUCUAUGCGACUUCAAAGUCAACGGCGUCAAGAUCCGCAGUUUACGCAUGCUGGUAGAAGACCCUCAGUUCACGUCGCAAGUCCCUGAUCUCACCUCCAAGGACGGCGCCACUGCGCUUGGUAUAAGAAUUUACUUGACCAAAUCUCUAUGGAAAUUGGGUAUCAUAAAUGGGGAGCUCAUGAUGGUCGCCAUCAAAGCAGAGGGUAUAUCGAGUGUCAGAGAACAUAACAGAUCCCUAGAGUUUCUUUGA